GAGCGGGCGGGCGGCGCUGGGAGCGCGGCGGCGGGAGGCGGCCCCUCUGCGGCAGGCGGCGGCAGAGGGGAGGGAGGGUUGCGCCGGGCGGCCGGGCCGGAAGAGCGCGGUCCAGCGGGACCGCGGACAGAUGCAGGAUGUCCUUCAAGAAGGAAACUCCACUGGCCAAUGCUGCGUUCUGGGCAGCAAGGAGAGGCAACCUGGCUCUGCUCAAACUGCUGCUGAACAGUGGCCGGGUGGACGUGGACUGCAGGGACAGUCAUGGCACCACGCUCCUCAUGGUCGCCUCCUACGCUGGUCACAUAGCCUGUGUGAGGGAACUGGUUCUGCAAGGAGCAGACAUCAACCUCCAGAGAGAGUCAGGUACAACCGCCCUGUUCUUCGCUGCCCAACAAGGACAUAAUGACGUCGUGCGAUUUCUCUUUGAAUUUGGAGCAUCCACUGAAUUUAGAACCAAAGAAGGGGGCACUGCCCUGUUGGCCGCCAGUCAGUAUGGGCACAUGCAGGUGGUGGAGACCCUGCUGAAGCACGGAGCCAACAUCCAUGACCAGCUUUAUGAUGGAGCCACUGCCCUCUUCCUAGCUGCCCAAGGUGGUUACUUGGAUGUUAUUCGAUUAUUAUUGUCUUCAGGAGCAAAAGUCAACCAGCCAAGGCAGGACGGCACGGCGCCGCUCUGGAUCGCCUCUCAGAUGGGCCACAGCGAGGUGGUGCGGGUGAUGCUGCUGCGCGGGGCCGACCGCGACGCCGCCCGGAACGAUGGCACAACAGCGCUACUGAAAGCAGCCAACAAAGGGUAUAAUAAUGUUAUAAAAGAGUUGCUGAAAUUCUCACCCACCCUGGGUAUUUUGAAGAAUGGGACAUCGGCGCUCCAUGCAGCAGUGCUCAGCGGGAAUAUUAAGACAGUCACGCUGCUCCUGGAAGCAGGGGCGGACCCAGCCCUGAGAAACAAGGCCAAUGAACUUCCGGCAGAACUAACCAAAAAUGAACAUAUAUUGCGUCUCCUCCGAAGUAAAGAAGGACGCAGGAAGAGCUAACUUAGUUCCGUAUUUGACUGAAACAUAGAAACCGUAACCACGUUGCCCAAAAAGAAAUUGCUUUUCAAAUAGUGUUGGAAAUUCUUUUAAGAAAGAAAAUGUCCCGAAUGCCCACCCUGGGUCCCUGAACGGGAAGAGCCGUGCUCUGUGCACUGAGCCAAGAACAGAACAGCUCAGGGACCCCUCCCCUCACUUACGUGGGCCUCUCACGCUGGCUGUAACCCCACUCCAGUGGGCCUGGCGGAUUCCUGGAUUCCACAGAAACUCGUUUUAAACUACACUAACUUGGGUCUCUCAGUUAAACUCUAGUUGGUAAACUCUUUAAGAGGUUUAAGCAAGGAGGCAGAAAGACUGAAAGUCUGACCUUCAAUGACUCGAUGCACUUUUACUUUUAUGUUAAAUGUAAGUGUGCUAAAAGAUAUGGCUCCAUCAUAUUUUAUAUAUAUAUAUGUAUGUCAUUCCAGUAUAAAAUGUUUUCUUCUACCGAAGGACUAUAGCCAUGAUUAUUAUGAAUCAGUGAUGUAUAAAGUUACAUUAUUAAAAAGCCACUUCUGACAUUCCACCACGUGCUUUUCAAAGAUGGACUGUUGAACUAUAAAAAAGACAAAUUGUUCAUUCGUGAGUUGACCCUCAUCUUUUUCCUAACAUGUAAAAAUCAUUUUUACCUAGAGUCAAUAUUGUAGGUAUGGUAGCAUACAAGUGGCAAAUUGGGAAAUUCAGAAAAUUACAAACCACAGGAUAUUUAGGCUUGUCUCUUUGAGCUUUUAUUUUGGUUCUAUUGUUAGGAAUCUAUUAUCCAUGCCAUAAGAAAGUAGACUUAAUGUGCUGUGGAACCUUUAGCUUCCAGUACCACAUUGCUGGCUACAAUGACUUUGAUGUCUUUGGAUAACAUGUGAUAUAUGCAAAUAUGAUAUGUUGCUGUUACUAUUGCGGGAGUAUAAGUAACAAAAGACUGUUAUUAGUAUUUAA